GUGGAAUGAUAUUUAACGUCAAUGAUACCCAAUAAAGAUUGGAAAAAAGCAAGGAGAUAAUGAAUGGCUAGGCAUGACCUAGAUUAGUACAUCUGGAUUGGAGGUUACCAUUAUUUCCACUAUAAAAUGUUGCCAGCAUGAUUUGUACAAGUUAGCCCACAAAUUCAGAAUGUAUAACACCAACCGUGGUUUUUUUUGCAGUGUCUUUUAUUGUUCAAUUUUGAGUGUGGCCCAUAAUUCUAAAAUCUGUUCUACAUGUUCAUUCAUUUGAAAGUAUCAUAGUUUAUAGUUUUCAGUAACUGUUAUGCCAGGAAUUAUACUAGGAGUAAACAUUCAUACAUGGAUAUAGUUUAUAGUUUAGUAGGGACAGGGCAAUGCAGCUGAUAAAGAGGAAGUGCUAAGAUAAUUGUUUCACUGGGAAUUUUUGCUAAGGGCAGUAGGAGCAUGGGAGGACCAUUUAAGUCUGCCUAGAAGACAAGGGGAAAGCUUCACAGGAAUUACUGUUUAAGGGAAUAUUUGAAGAAUAAAUAGUUUUAUAGGGUAUGAGGAAGUGGCAUAUGCAAGAGAGAACAGCAUGUGCAAAGGCACAAAGGCAGGAGGGAACUAAAACUACUUCAGUGUUUUAGGCAUGUAGUGGGUGAGGGCAGUGAGGCUGAAUGGAAUUAUCUGCAAUAGAUUUUUUUAUUAUAAAAAUAUUGAGCAACUACUUUAUAUACAGUAUCAUGCUCAGUGUUUAGAGGGAUUAAGAAGAGAGGCAUCACUAUGGAUCAAAGUGAAAUGAGACUUCUAAAGAUGCCUCCAAAUUAAGUUUAUUCUUAUCUCUCAUUUCCAUAUAAAACUGAGAUUAACAGCAAUUGGAUUCUAUAUGAAGAUAAAACUAUAAUCUUCAUUAAUGUGGAGAGGUUAAGAUUACUGUUGAAGUGAGAUAGUUUAGGGAAUGGAGCCAUGGGUCUUUGGCAUUUAGGAACACCAGCUAAGGAACUUCUUCCUUUAUCAGAGCAUUAAAAUUAAAAAGGGCUCCAUCAUAAAUAAUUUGACUACAUAUUAGUUACCAGUUUGCACAGAUUGUAAAUUUUAGCCCAGUUUUAAUAGGGCAAGUUGUAGCAAUUUCCAACUGGUUUAAAAAGGUCACAUUUUCUUUUCUCCUUUUUUUUUUUUGUGAAGAAGAUUGGCCCUGAGCUAACAUCUGCCAAUCCUCCUCUUUGUUGCUGAGGAAGACUGGCCCUGGGCUAAUAUCCGUGCCCAUCUUCCUCCACUUUAUAUGGGACGCCGCCACAGCAUGGCUUGCCAAGUGGUGCGUCAGUGCGCGCCUGGGAUCCGAACCUGCGAACCCCGGGCCGCCACAGCAGAGCGCACGCACCUAACUGCUUGCGCCACCAGGCCAGCCCCAGGUCACAGUUUCUAAAAUGCAUUGGAUACAAAUUCAAAGAGCUUGAAAAGAUCGAAGAGGGUCAAACAAUGAUGAUUGGUGGAAAAGAAAUAGAAGUCAUGGGUAUAAUUUCUCCAGAUGAUUUCAGCAGUGGGAGAUGUUUUCAACUUGGAGGAAAAAGUCCUGCCAUCUCAAGUUUUUCUCAGACUAUCAAGAAGUGUUUCUCUAACCCUUUAAAAAGUGUCUGUAAACCAAGUUCAAAGGAAAAUAGACAGAAUAGUUUCCAAAAUUGCAAACCACGCCAUGAUCCAUAUGCACCAAAUUCCCUUGUUAUGCUACGACCAGACGAUAAUCACCAGUGGAUGUUCAAUAAGAACUGUUUUGCUAUUGUGGAUGUAGUGAUAGAUCCUCACCUUGUACGUCAUCUUCGACCACAUCAGAAAGAAGGAAUCAAAUUCCUUUAUGAAUGUGUGAUGGGAAUGAGAGUGAGUGGCAGAUGUGGAGCUAUUCUUGCUGAUGAAAUGGGUUUAGGGAAAACAUUGCAAUGUAUUUCGCUCAUCUGGACUCUCCAGUGUCAGGGACCCUAUGGAGGCAAGCCGGUAAUAAAGAAGACACUUAUUGUCACACCUGGAAGCUUGGUGAAUAAUUGGAGGAAAGAAUUUCAAAAAUGGCUAGGAAGUGAAAGGAUCAAGAUAUUUACUGUUGAUCAGGACCACAAAAUAGAAGAAUUCACCAAAUCUUCAUUUUAUUCUGUUCUUAUCAUCAGUUACGAAAUGUUACUUCGUUCCCUGGAUCAAAUUAAGAAUAUAAAAUUUGAUCUUCUAAUCUGUGAUGAAGGCCAUCGUUUGAAGAACAGUGCCAUUAAGACAACUACAGCCCUCAUUAGCCUCUCUUGUGAGAAAAGAAUAAUUCUAACUGGUACUCCAAUUCAGAAUGAUCUCCAAGAAUUUUUUGCAUUAAUUGAUUUUGUAAAUCCAGGAAUAUUAGGCUCUUUGUCAUCUUAUAGAAAAAUAUAUGAAGAACCCAUCAUUAUAUCCAGACAACCUUCUGCUUCUGAGGAAGAAAAGGAGUUAGGAGAGAGAAGAGCAGCUGAACUUACUUGCCUCACUGGACUCUUUAUCCUUAGAAGAACCCAAGAAGUCGUAAAUAAAUAUCUUCCACCUAAAAUAGAGAACGUCGUCUUCUGCCGACCAGGAACACUACAGAUUGCACUGUAUCGAAAGCUGUUGAAUUCUCAGACUGUCAGGUUCUGUCUUCAAGGGUUGUUGGAAAAUAGUCCUCAUCUAAUAUGUAUUGGAGCUCUUAAAAAACUAUGCAAUCACCCCUGCCUUUUGUUCAGCUCUAUAAAGGAAAAAGAAUGCAGCUCAACUUGGGAUAAAAAUGAAGAGAGAAGUCUAUAUGAAGGCUUGAUAAAUGUGUUCCCUGCUGAUUACAACCCACUCAUGUUUACUGAAGAAGAGUCAGGAAAACUACAGGUGCUGUCAAAGCUCUUAUCAGUUAUCCACGAACUUCGUCCUACUGAAAAGGUGGUGUUGGUAUCUAACUACACACAAACCUUGAAUAUUUUACAAGAAGUAUGCAAGCGUCAUGGCUAUGCUUAUACAAGACUCGAUGGACAAACACCAAUCUCUCAAAGGCAGCAAAUUGUUGAUGGCUUUAAUAGUAAAUACUCUUCUGAUUUUAUUUUUUUGUUGAGUUCAAAAGCUGGUGGUGUAGGACUUAACCUUAUUGGAGGAUCUCACUUAAUUCUCUAUGACAUUGAUUGGAAUCCAGCCACUGAUAUCCAGGCAAUGUCUAGAGUGUGGAGAGAUGGCCAGAAACAUCCUGUACAUAUUUACAGACUUCUAACCACAGGUACAAUAGAAGAAAAGAUCUAUCAAAGGCAGAUCAGUAAGCAAGGUCUUUCUGGGGCAGUUGUAGACCUAACCAAGACAUCUGAACAUAUUCAGUUUUCAGUAGAGGAACUUAAAAAUUUGUUCACAUUACAUGAAAGUUCACAUUGUGUUACUCAUGACCUGCUUGACUGUGAAUGUACAGGAGAAAAAGAUCAUACAGGUGAUUCCUUGGAAAAAUUCUCUGUCUCUAGAAAUUGUCAGCUUGGUCCACAUCAACAGAAGUCUGACUCCCUGAAACCUCUCUCCAUGUCACAGCUGAAGCAGUGGAAACAUUUUUCUGGAGACCAUUUAAAUCUUACAGAUCCUUUUCUUGAAAGAAUAAGAGAAAAUGUGUCAUUCUUUUUUCAGAAUAUAACCAAUCAAACUACUGCUAUGUAAUGAAAGAUUACUUUAUGACAUUCCCUUGCUCUCCUUUAAAAAAAAUUAAUAUAGUAAUUAAAUGUAAUUUUUGAAAACUAAUAGAAUUAUUUUAAUUAUAAUACUAUAUUUUUGUUGCAAAAUGUAUCAGUUUCGAUACAAUAGUCAAAACUGUUUGAGUUUAAUUUUUUGUAUCUAUUCUUAAAUUUGAAACAUUAAAG